CAGACGCAAAAUAGAAUAAAUAAAAGUGAAGAAAGAAAGAAUAAACCCCUCUCUCCCUCUUUCUCUCUCUCUCUCUACAUACAUAUAUUUAUAUUCAUACAUAUCUGUACGCGUUUCAUCUUUACCUCUGUUGAUUGAUUGAUUGAUUGAUUGGAGCAGGAAAUAUGAUUAGGCUCUUUAAAGUGAAGGAAAAACAGAGAGCUGAACACGCCAAUGGGACAGCACAUAUCAAGAAGCAAAGUGCAGGGGAAUUACGUCUUCACAAAGAUAUUGGUGAACUGAACCUACCAAAAACUUGUAGCAUAUCAUUUCCCAAUGGCAAGGAUGACCUGAUGAACUUUGAGGUUACUAUUCGACCUGAUGAAGGAUAUUAUCUAGGUGGUACAUUCACAUUCUCUUUCCAAGUUCCACCUGUAUACCCUCAUGAGCCACCAAAGGUCAAGUGCAAGACUAAGGUUUAUCACCCUAACAUCGACUUGGAAGGAAAUGUCUGCCUGAACAUUCUACGAGAGGACUGGAAACCUGUUCUCAAUAUAAAUACUAUAAUUUACGGACUGUAUCAUCUCUUCACGCAACCAAACUAUGAAGAUCCCCUCAACCAUGAUGCUGCUGCUGUGUUAAGAGAUAACCCGAAGAUGUUUGAAUCCAAUGUUAGAAGGGCAAUGGCUGGUGGUUAUGUAGGACAGACUCUAUUCCCGCGGUGCAUGUAGCAGUUGGUUGUGCUUCAUUUUCCAAAUUCAUUGCUUGAAGAAUGGUCAAGCUGUAGAUUGGGUUAGUAGCUUUUGCAUUCCCGUGUAUUGUUUGAGAACUAAAAACCUUGGGAAUACAAGUGCGGCCCCUUGGAGGCUUGAAGGUUCUGUAUUAUGGUGUAAUUUGUGAUAUGAUUUGUUUUCCCUAAAUUGAAUAUUUGAGAAGGUUGGUGAUUGUGGUCUUUUGAACUUUCUUCAUAUCUUUAUGCCCUCUAUCCCAAUAAAUCGCUCUACACCUACAUGUACAAUAGUUUUUUCCUGAGGUAUAAAAGUUAUAGUGCAUGUAGCGGGUGUAAAGACAAAUUUAUUAAGUGUAUUUAGAAGCUCCCAUGUCUUUAGACAUGGUUUUAGAGCCCACUUUCGUUUCUUCUCUA